UGAGCCUCCUGCAAGGAACAGCAGCUGGGGUAAGGAGGAGAGAACCAACAGCAGGCAGGCAGGAAGCCUGUUGAACAGUCGCCCUCGGGCACAGGUGAUGCCUCCUGAAAUAUAAGCAACUGAGGAAGCAGCAUCAUGGCAGAGAAGCCUCUCAAGAAGUCCUCGAUUCCUGGGGUGACCAUCAGGCAGCUGGUGGAUGAGAUCCCAGAAGGAUGCAGCACUCCAGAUUUUGAGCGGAAGCCCAUCACGUUGGCUCUGCCAGAAGGGAAAAAUGCCAUCUUCCGGGCUAUGGUCUCUGGGGAGCCCAGACCUGAGGUGCAGUGGUAUCGUACUCAGGGUGACCUCAGCGACUCCAACAAGUACAAGAUUUUCUCCCAACCAGGAGGCAAAGAACAUGUGCUCCAGGUCAACAAGUUGACAGGAGAUGACACGGACACAUACCGAUGCUUGGCUGUGAAUGAAUAUGGAGAAGCCAUGUGCUCAGCAAGGCUGACCGUUAUUGAAGUUGGCUUUCGGAAGAAUCGGAAGAGACGAAAUGAGCCCCAAGAGGACCACAGGAAGGAACUUAUGGACUUCCGGAAGAUCCUGAAGAAGAGGGCACCACCUCCUCCACCGGAGAAGAAGAUGGACCGUGAACAAGUGUGGCAACUGCUAAUGAAUUCUGAUCGGAAAGACUAUGAGCGGAUCUGCAUGAAAUAUGGAAUUGUAGACUUCAGGGGAAUGCUUAGGAAGCUUCAGGAGAUGAAAAAGGAGCAAGAAGACAAGAUAUCACAGUAUAUCAAUACCAUCUCUAAUCUGAGACACAUCAAGGUCACCAAGGAUGGACUUGCUACAUUUGACCUAGAACUUGAUCUCAAGGAUUUUGAAAGCAAAAUUUAUUUAUACAAGGAUGGUGAGAUGAUUCACUAUGGCUAUGGAAAUGAAACUAAGCAUUGCUUGAGGCGUCUGGGAAAGCGCUACUACUUCCAUGUUCAGGACCUGCAACCAGAGGAUGCUGGCAUCUACCAGGUCAAGGUGGAGGAUGUGGAGGUGUUUUCCACUGAAUUGGAGGCAGAUGUCAUCCCUGCCAGGGUUGUGAAUCCCCUGGCUGAAACUCUAUGUGAGGUGCAAGAAGAUGCUGUUUUUGAGUGCACCCUCUCCAAUCCUUGCCCACACGCCUUCUGGCAGUUUCAACACCGGCCCCUUCGGCCCAGUGACAAGUAUGAGGUGUCUGUGUCUCCUGAUGGCCUGACUCACCGGCUGGUGGUGAGAGGGGCCCAGCGUUCUGACAUGGGCCUUUAUUCCCUUGGCACUGGUCUCCACUCUUCUAGUGCUUGGUUGGUGGUAGAAGGUGAGAAGGACAAAGGUUUUCUACCUACAAGACAGGGAAAGAAGACAGAUGAAGUUGGCAACGAUGAAAGAAAUAGGCUUCAAGCUGAAGAAGCCCCAUUUUCAGAUGUGAAGAAUUCAGAAAAACUCAUAAAGGAAGUGAAACCAGGGGAUUGGAGUCAGCUGGGAGAACCCAUAAAGGAUGAUGGUCUCCCCUAUGGUCUCCACAUCACAGGGGGCCAACAUGGAGGUGGCCAAGAUGGUCCCAGAGGAUAUAAUAACUUCCCCAUGGAGAAAGAAGGAAUUGCUGACCUAGCCUGGGACUUGGAUGAGGUGAUGGAAAAUAAGGGAGUUUGCAGAGCAGAGGGAAACAGGGACACCCUACUUGAGAGAAACCAGCUCCCCAAAGUUGGUGGUCAGGGAGUAAGCUUCCCAGGGGGAUAUGGGCUACAGGGAGAUGGAUGGGAAAGUGGAAUGGACUUCAUGAUAAGACAACAGCAAGACUGUGGUGGAAAUAAGACCAAAUCCAGACAAUGGGAGGUAGGGGAGAGUUUGGAGGCCAGUACUGGAGGUCUUCAGGGCAAAGGAUGGCAAAAUAAUUUGAAAGGAAAGGAGGAUAGGGAGGACAGUGGAGGGCAGUUGGGAAAUUAUAGCCAAGGAAAUAUAGGGGAUCUUGGAACAGGAGAGAGGAGCCUGGUUACUUCUCAGACUAGUCCAGUAGGAUCUUGGAAAAAAGGAAGGAAACUAGGAAUGAGUUUAGAAGCUGAUUUUAAUUUGGAGUUGGAGGGUAGGGAUGACUUUAGCUCUAAAAGGGGUCAAUAUAGGCCUCCUUGCCUUGGAGAGGCAGGGGAGAAACAGGCCCAGAGGACUGGUCAAGGUGAUGGUAGCAGUGGGGCUGGCAGUACUGAGGCAUGGGAGCCUCUAGGCUGGAAUAAAGGCAAUGGAGAAAAAUUAAGGGACUUCCAAGUACAGAGAUUGUCUCAUAGCAAGAAAUCCUUUCUAGGACAAAAGGAUUUGGGGGAGGAAGUUGAUAUAUCACUAGAAGAAGCAGGUUACAAGGCUAGCUUGGGGGAGACAGAGUCUCUUGGGAAGGAACCUAUUGUUAGGAGAACAGGAUUUAAAGCUGGUCCUUGGGCUUUGGGGUCUGAUGGAGGUGAGGGAUAUGGGCACAGUAUGGAGGACUUGCAUGAACUUAAAGGAAGAGGCUUGGGUCCUAGAGAUAGUCAGGGGGUACCAAAGUCCCUGGGGGGGCUAUUGGGAGAAAGCUCCAGAGAGUUGGGGUAUUUCCAAGGCUGGCCAGCAGACCAAUCAGAAGCUGGGUAUAGAGAUGACAAAGUGGAGUCUGAAGGAAUGAUGAGCUCCUGGGAUGAUACAAGUUACAACUUCAGGAAAAUUGGGCCUGAAGAUGGCCUAGGAACAUUGAGAAUAAUGGAGUCUGGGAGAAGGGGAGAUAAGGGGAUUAGUGUUAAGGCAGGUGAAUUAAUGGGGUCUGGGAAUAGGGCAAGCUUUGGGGAUGGGCCUAGAGACCACUGGAUAAAAGAUAGGGCAGUUUACAAGGAUGGCUCAGGAGACUGGGAAACUCAGGGAUCUGGAAGUAAGAGAGGUAGUAGGGAUGAUGUAAAAGGUUCAGAGGGAAUGAGAUCUAAUUAUGGAGCCAGUUUAAAAGAUAUCCCAGAAGACAGACAAAUAAAAAAGCCUGGUGGUGUGGGGGGUUGCACAGGUGGCUUAGAGGCUCCUGAAGCAAUGGGAUCAAGAAGUAUGGAAAGUAAUAAAGAUUAUUUAGGGAGUCCUAGGAAAAUAAGACUAAGGGGUGAAGAAAGUUUCAGGAGUGACUUAGAAGGUUAUGGGAGUGACUUUGGGGGUCCUGGAAGAAUAGGAUCAGAGAGUGAGGGAGGUAUUAGGGUUGGCUUAGGGGGUCCUGGGGGAAUAGGGUCAUGGGGGGAAGGGAAUUAUAAGAGUGACUUAGAUGGUCCUAUAGGUAUGAGGUCCUGGAGUGAUGGAGAUUAUGGAAGGGGUUCAGGAAAUCUGGGAAAAAUAGGAUCAAGGGAUAAGGGAGAUGGAAGUAGCCCAGUGACUCCUGGGGGAAUUGAGUUAAGAGGUGAGAUAGGUUUAAAGGUGGGCUCAGGGGGCCCUGGGGAAAUGUGGUCAAGAAGUAAGAAAGGUUAUAGAGGUAGUGUAGGGUAUCCUGGAGGAGUAGAGUCAGAAGGUGAGGAAGAGGGUGACUUAGAAGAUUCUAGAAGAAUAGAAUCAUGGGGUAAGGGAGGCCACAGAAGCAAUUUAAGGGGUUCUGGGGGAAUAGGGUCAGGGGUUGAAAGUGGAUAUGAAGGUAGCUUAGAGAGACCUAGGAGAACAGGAUCAGAGGGUAAAGGAGGUUAUGGGAGAGAUUUAGGAAAUUUUGAAGGAAUAAGAUCAGAAGUUGAGGGAGAUUAUGGAGGUGGUUCAGAAAGUUCUGGGGGAAUAGGAUCAGUAGUUGAAGGUGAAUAUGAGGAUAGCUUAGAGAGACCUAGGAGAACAGGAUCAGAGGGUAAGGGAGGUUAUGGAAAAGGUUUAGGGAGUUCUGGAAGAAUAAUGUCAGAGGUUGAAGGAGAUUAUGGAGGUGGUUCAGAAUGUCCUGGGGGGGAAGGGACAGAGGGGAAGAGAGGCUAUGGGGAUAGAUUAGAGGGUCCUGAGGGAAUAGGGUCAGAGGUUGAAGGUAGAUAUAAGGGGAGUUUGGGGAGUUUUAGGAGAAUGGGAUCAGAGGGCAAGGGAGCUUAUGGGAGUAGUUUAAAGGAUGCUGAGGGACUAAGACCAGACUUUGAGAGAGGUUAUGGAGGUGGCUCAGGUUCUCCUCAGGAAAUAGGGACAAUGGAUAAGGGAGGUUAUAUAAGUGGUUUAGGGGAUCCUUGGGAGAUGGGAUCUGGUUUUGGAGAAGAAUAUAAGAAUGAGUGGGGGGUUUCUCAGGAACUGGUGUUUGGCAAGGCUCCCAGUUUUAGGAGUGAUUCACGGGGUCCAAGUAUAAUAGGACAAGAGAAUGAAAAAGGAUAUGGGGACAGAUCCAGAAACCAAAGGAUGAUGGGAGCUUGGGGAGAGAUAGGCUUGGGAGGUAGGAUAGGAAGCCCAGGGACAGUGGGUUCUAUUGGUGGAAAUGGUCCUGGAGUUCUUGGAAUAGUUGGGUCUAAAGGGGAAGGAUGUAUUGGAGAUGGGUCAAAGGAUUCAGGAGGAAUGAAGUCUUGGGGUGGGGAUGGCUAUGGUGAAGGAUCUGGAGAUUCAGCAGCUUUGAGAGCAGGUGGGACAGUGGGUUAUGGGCAUAACUCUUGCAGCUUGGGAGCAAUGAGGCUUGGUUCAGGAGCAGAGUCUAGGGAUGACUCUAUGGGACUGGUGCCACAGAGCCCUAAGGGCAAUAUGAAUUGUGGGGGUGGGUCUAGAGGGCCCAAUGCAAUGGAUUCUGGAGUGGGAGCUAGUUAUUGUGAUGAUAUUAGGAGCUCCAAAGUAAUGUCAUCUGAAGAUGGCACUGAUUCUGAGACCUUGGGACCUUGCUGGUCUGGCCAGGGGGAAAGUUAUGGGAAUAGGUCAGGAGGUACAGAACUUCUGGGGACUGGAGACAAAGAAGGGUAUGGUGGGGGGUCAAGAGGUUCUGUGUCUCAGGGGUCAAGGUAUGAAGGAGGUUGUAGAGAAGGCUUAGGAGGUUCUGGAAAAAUGAGGAAGGAGGGCGAGGCAGAUAAUAGAGGUGGUUUAAAGGAUUCUGGAGGAAAGGAAUCAAGGGAUGAAGGAGGUGAUAAAGGCAUUUUAGGGGGGUCUUGGGGAAUGGAAACAGAAGCUCAAGGAGGUUAUAAAGAUGAUUUAGGUGAUGAUGGGACACUGGGAAAUGAAGGUUAUAGAAAUGACUUAAAAGAUUCCAGGAGAAUGGGGACUAGUACUGAGGGGAAUUUUGGUGGUGGCCCAGGGAGUUCUGGAGCAUUGAAGUCAUUGGAUGGACUAAGAUAUGGAGAGAAGUUCAGAGACAAAGGAGGAAGAGAGGGCAGAGGUCUAGGGCAGUCUGGAGUUGGAGCAGGUUCUAUAGAUGACUCAGAAAGAGGCAAAGUAAUGGGAUCUAUGAAUGGGACAGAUUAUGGUCAUGAUUAUGGAAAUAUCUCUGGGGUUCCUGGAGUAAUAGGGUCUGGGGUUGCUGCAGCACAUAGGUCUAGGAUCUCUGGGGUGAUGGACUCUUGGAGUGAAAAGGAUUUCCUUCCUAGUCAACCAGGUUCUAGAGAUGGUUCUGGAGGCCCAGAGGCCCCAGGGGAAUCAAGAGAUCUACACUGUAUGGGAGGAAGAUCAGGAACUGGUGAGUGGGAGGGUGGCCAUGGGCUCCAGGGGCAUCCUAGAAACAGAGAAUUUGUUGACAGGGAGGGAUUGCCCACAGAUAGAGCUGCUGCUCCAGGUAAUGAACUUGGAAAAGAUAUCAGUCUGUAUACUAGAGGAACUCUGAGAGGAGGGCAUACAAGCAGAGCUGAUGGCCAAGGAGGUCUGGAAUAUCAGGAAAAUGGGAUGUUACUGGGUAGUCCAGGAACAGAAAAAGAAUCCAGAAACUCAAAUAUUUCAGGUUGGGGUCAGGAUGCACACUCUAGGUUAGGAGGAAAGAACGUUUGCACCAGAGCAGGUGACCAAGGGAUAGGGGAUACUUGGACAGGGAGGAACCUAAGGCCAGACAAUAGUGGAGUAAAUAUCAAGUACAGACACCAGGACAUAGGAGUACAGGAUACCCCUGAGGCAAAAGACACCACCAUUAAUGGGAUCCAGGGUGUUCUGAAUGGAACAGAGGGUAAUGAUUUCUGUGAUGGUAGGAUGUCAGUGCCAGGUCAAGCAGGAGCUGGUAGAUGGGGUGGGGCAGGGUCCUUGGAUGGUCGAGGGGGAGUUUCAGGAAGUGCAAAGGGCUCAGGUGUCUUGGGAGGAAUGAAUUCUAGUCAAUGGAGAGACAGUUGUGCUAAUGGAAUUCAGCAGUCAGGGAUGGAGGGAGCUCUAAAGGGCAAAGAUGGAAGGAAAAGCUAUAGAGACAAGUCAGGGGAGACCAGGGACUCAGAGACUAUGUUGGGUAAAGGGGUAGACUUGGAUGGCAAAGAUCCAUCAGGAGUCAGGGAGGAUCUGGAGUCUCUGAAUGGCAAAAACAUUAGGCCUAAAGGUCCAAGGUCCCUGGAUAAUUAUGAGAGGAGAGAUGGGGGAGGGACCUCCCCAUCCACCUGGGGAGGAAAGACUAGGACAGGAACCAAGGAUUUUGCCAGAUCAGAGGGGCGGGAGUCCCAGGUUUGGAAUGGGUCCCAGAGUGGGUUAGGAGCUAGGAGAGAAAUUUCAGAUAGACAGAAACUUGAGGAAGGAAGGGUUUGGGGAUCUAGAUAUGGAACUGAGAGCAGAAGUGUCCCAGAAGAACCUCAGAAAGGAGACCACCAGAACAGAGAUUCCAUGGGCCAUGAGAGCAACAAGAAUGAUGGUUUAGACAGAAUUUCAACUUCCUCAAAACCAAGAUACAGAAACAAGCAAAACUCAAGCAAUUUCUUUGAGGAAAUUCAAGGACUGUCAGGCCAUUUUUCCCAGGAACUGGCUGACAUGGAAGCCAAGAAAGGGGAAGAAGCUGUCCUCUCUUGUACCCUGACCAGCGACUUGUUAUCUGGUGCCUGGUUCAAGGAGGGUGUUAAGCUCACUGCCGAAGAUGGGGUCAUCUUUGAGCAAGAUGGCUCCAGUUACAGACUUCGAAUACCCCAAGUGCAGGAGGCCCAGGCUGGAAAAUACAUGUUUGUAGCUGGGGAUCAUAUGAGUGAGGCUACUCUGACCAUCCGAGAGCCCUUGACCAUUGCCCAGGAUAUGUUGGAGAAACUAAAGGAACCAUUGGUGGUCAAGGCAGGGAAGACUGUGACAGUGAAGAUCCCAUUUUCAGGCCAGGCUCCUGUUCGAGUUACUUGGAAGAAAGAUGGUGCAGAAGUAGUGGGAGGCCCCAAGGGAGCCCAGCUGGACCAGGGGGACAACUUCACUCGCCUGUGCCUCCCCAGUGCAAGUCGCAAGGACAGUGGACAGUACCUUGUGAAACUGACGAAUGCAGGAGGCUCAAUGGAGGCUCAACUCACCCUGAAGGUCAUAGACAAGCCCCAGCACCCACAGGGCCCCCUGAAGGUCCAGUACUGUCGGGGGGCAGGCAUCAGCCUGAGCUGGCAGCCUCCUCGGGAUGAUGGGGGCCAAGUGGUGCUGACCUAUGUGGUGGAAAGGCAGCAGGCUGGUAGAACCACCUGGCUGAAGCUAGGCGAGACCCCUGGAAAUGUCACCACCUUCUCUGAUACCCGAGUGGAGCAAGGAAAGAAGUAUACCUACCGAGUCCGGGCUGUGACCUCUGAGGGUUCUGGAGAGGCCCUAGUGUCAGAAGAGUUGCUCGUGGCUUCUGAAGCUUGUCCUAGACCCCCUCCACCUCCAACCAUUGUUGCUGCUACCAGUCAGGGUAUCACUCUGACAUGGACAGCACCCCAGGGCCCAGGGAGUGCUCAACUCCUAGGCUACAUAAUUGAGAAGAGAAAGAAAGGAAGCAAUACCUGGACAGCUGUCAAUGACCAGCCCAUUCCUGAGAAGAAAUGGACAGUAUCAGAUGUGCUGCAGGGCUGUCAAUAUGAGUUCCGCGUGACAGCUGUGGGAGCCUCCGGUCCUGGGGAGCCUGGAUCCUCAUCAGAUGCUGUUUAUGCUCGAGACCCCAUGAGACCCCCAGGCUCUGUUCGGGAUCUCCAAGUAACUGACAUAUCCCAUGCUAGCAUCACAUUGAGCUGGUCCAGGCCAGAUCCCCAGGAUGGGGAUCAAGUCCAGGGCUAUGUAGUGGAACUGAGGAGCUCAGAUAGUCUCCAGUGGAGUCGGUGCCACACAGGGACUGUGGGUGGCACCACUUAUACCACCAAGGGGCUACGGCCACAGGAGUUCUACUUCCUGAGGGUAACAGCUGUGAAUGAUGGGGGCCAGAGUCAACCCACCACUUUGGACACUUGUAUCCAGGCCAUGCCUGUAUCUGUUUAUCCUAAAUUCCUCAUGGAUACCACCACCACAGACUGUGUGACUGUCAAGUCUGGGGACACUGUCCGAGUUCCUGUUUCCUUUGAGGCUUCUCCCAUGCUGGAGGUGAUCUGGCUGAAGGAUGGGCUGUCCCUACCCAAAAGGACAGUCACUACCAUCAGAGAUGGCCUCACUCAACUUCUAAUUCCUGCGGCCAGCCUCUCAGAUGGUGGCCUUUACACUGUGAUGUUGAGGAACCUACAGAGGAAAGAGGUGACCUACAGCUUCCUCAUUCGAGUGUCAGCAUCUCCUGCUGCCCCUGGGCCCAUCCGACUGGAGGAGAACGUCCCUGGGACGGUGACGGCCGUGUGGGAGCCAUCUCCAGAUGAUGGUCAAGGUGGCCCACUCUAUUACACCGUGCUAACACGUUCUUCAAUCCACGUCACCUGGCGGGAGGCAGGGGACCGGAUCCACACCAAUCGUUUCACUCUUGUUGGCGUCCUCCCUGGCCAUCAGUAUUACUUCCGAGUUGUGGCCAAGAAUGAGCUGGGGGCCAGUGAGCCCUCUGACACCAUGGAGCCCUGGAGUAUCCCCCGGCAACGAGAAAAGUUUAUGGUGAAGAUGCCAAACUUCAAGAAGCCAAACUUGACCCAGAAACCACAUUUCCUGGUCAAUCUCCGGACCCAUCUGCUGCCCCAAGGCUGUGAAUGCUGCAUGAGCUGUGCUGUGAAGGGAGAGCCUAGACCUAGAGUCACCUGGUUCAAGGAUGACCAAAGCCUUGAAGGCAAUCCCAAUGUAUAUAGUACAGAUGUCCUAGGUGUUUGCUCCUUGGUCAUCCCCAGUGUCACCCUCAAGGAUAGUGGCAAGUACAAGGCUGUGGCUGAGAAUGGAUUGGGCCAGGCAGUCAGCCAAGCUACCCUUAUUGUUACAGAAUCCUGUUUCUAGUGUGACUGGCACCAUGACGGCCCUGCCCAUCCUUGCAGUGCAAAUAAUUAGAUCAGACUCUUCCCAUCAUUCUGCAUUUUGCUGGCCGCCACAAGGCUCCUGGGAUCGGUGGGAUGGGGAGCCCUGUAAAAAUUAAAUUUAUAUCUCUAAUAAUAAAAACAUUAUAUUUUA